AUGUCGCAGACGAACCCAACUUCUCCUCCGGUGCAGACACCUGGCCAGGCCAGCAACAACCAGCCAGAUGAAAGCCCGACACCGGUUGCCGAAGUGAACGACGAAGGAAAUUACAAUAUACCAACACCGCCCCCGGUCUGCAAACGAUGGCAGGGAAUGUUAUGGAAGAUAGAGGUUAUCCAGAACCCCUUGCGUGCACGCAUGUGUGGCUUUGGUGACAAGGACCGUCGCCCGAUCUCACCUCCCCCAGCUGUCCUGUUGACAAUAUGGGACCCGAGGACUGGUGCGGAGAUAGACUACAAGAGAAUCGCCGAUCUCUCGAAAUUGAUCCUCAUCGUUGAUCUUUGGAACCUCCACGGCACACGCGAAGAUAAUUGCGUCAGACACACCACAACUUCACCUUCAAUUUCCACGACGACCGUCACCGCUUUUCCCUACACAUAUACCGCCAAGAUGAUCAGCAAUCCUUCUAUUGAUUACGACCAGAGCCGGAUUCCCUCUUACAUGAGCAGCUACGCCGACCAGGUCAUCCCCAUUGCACCAAACUCUCAGGGCGGUCCAGUUCAGCCAGCCACUGGCUUGCAGCCGAGCUACACAAACGGCAGCCACGCCUACGAGGGGAGAAAUAGUUCUUUUUCCAACAACAAUCAGCCACCUUUGAAUGCCCAGUUUCCAGGUGGCUAUGACCAUUCUCCGUCGACUCUAGUCUCGCCUCGAUCGAUGCCUUCUUCGUCUCGUUCGUCCCAAGAUGCUGGUGUCAUGGCCAACGGCAACCAUCGAGAUCCUCGAGAUUCCCGAGACACCAGAGAAACAACGAUUGCGAGAAAUCUUAUUGGAAACACUACCGCCAGUGCCAACCUGUUGCAUGAUGAGAACGGAAAGUAUGGCAUUUGGUUCGUCCUUCAAGAUCUCAGCGUCAGAACCGAAGGCUGGUUCCGUUUGAAGGUCAAUCUCUUCAAUCUGGCACAGCCCCCAUUACUGGAGGAGGAUAGCACCAGCCCCACGACCAGCACCAGCCCUAGCAACGGCAAUAACAAUGGCGGCAACAAUACCAGCAAUGGUCAGACUCCCGCCAACAACGAAUUGCUGCAGGAAGCGCCACUUUUAGCCUCGGCUUUCAGCAAGCCUUUCAAAGUGUUCAGUGCCAAGAAAUUCCCUGGGGUGAUUGAGUCGACGAACCUCAGUCGGACAUUUGCCAAGCAGGGCAUUAAGAUCCCGAUCCGCAAAGACCACGGCGGCAAGAAGAGAAAGGCCGGGGCCGACAGCGACGACGAUGAUUCAGAUGACUGA